AUGAAUUCAACAAUUAUAGAGAAGCUACCCUAUUUGAAUCAAACUUCUCAUUAUAUCUUAGGUGGUAGGUCUGUCGUUGCCAAAUUGAUAAAUACACCUUAUAGGCUACUACUGGCACUAUUUGAUGCGGUGAAACUGCAAUUCUGGGAACAGUCCAAUACUGAUGAGUUUUUUAUAGGUCAAAGAUGGAUUUUAAAUACAAUCGGUUUCUUCUUUAGCAGCUAUGGCGUUAUAUGUUUCAUCACCUCCAUUUUAUUGAAUAGAUUUGUUCUGUUGUCUUCAAUUAGGUCUAGAAGAAGUAAUACCAACAAUACAACAAUUCUUCCGAGCAGGCUGCGAUUUGUUUUACAUUUCUCCGUAACCUUACUAUUAUCGAUUAUCUUAUUUCAACCAUUGCUAAACUCUAACUUACUUUCUUACCCACACCGUUUAUUCAUUGUUUUCACGUUAUCUUACAUUGUGGAAACUGUAGUAGCCAUAUCAUCGAAUCAGAUACCAUUGGAAGGAUCAGACUACUCCAUUUUUGAGUUAUCCUUACAGUUCUACAUUUUGAAGACUAUGAAAGUUAAUAUUACAAACUCUCCAGAGCUCUUAGCUGAUUGUAUGGUAGCGAUCGCAAGUCGUAUCAUUAUUCACUUCGUGGAGAUGUUCAAUACUAGAAAAUCAAGAUUAUUAAUGAGUACAUGUCUGAAUAUGACUUAUUUAGGGUUUCUAAUGUACAGAAUGUCUAAAAAUGGCUUCUUUUCUAUCCCAAUUUCAAUAAUUUUCAGGCAUUUCCCCAAACUAUUCUCACUGUUCAUCGUCAUUGCCUCAUUUACUUGCUAUUUACUUGCGUGUGCUGUCAGAUUUAAUCCAACGGCCUUCAAACUACAAAAUUUACAAGAUUUGAAAUUCUAUUCCUUCAUGAAUAACUGGUCAAAACAUCUAAACUUUAACGGAGAUGAGGAUUUUUCAACUAUUAUUAACAAACUAGCAAUUUUAUUGUAUCUGGGAACUGAUAAUAAAGAUAAAAAUUUAAAUAACGAAUUCCCGUAUGUUAACGUGCCACUUGAAAUAAACAAACUAUUCACAAUAUCUUCUUAUUUGAACUUCAACAUAGAAGGAGAUGAAGAAAUUAUGGACGAAGAAACAAUUAUAGCGGAAUGGGGAAAUGGAGUGCACAACAAUACGUCUCUGUUGACUAAGUUUAUUAAGUUUUUGAAAAAGUGCAUCGCCAAUCCUAAUCAGUUAGGUAAUGAGGCGACAUUUUCUGAUGAUACCCAGGUUGAUAUUGACGAAAAAGCGUACAUGACUGAAAUAAACGAUACUAUAUUGUCUAAUGACGAUGAUGAUGACAAUGAUUUUAAUUAUCUACCUGAUUUCAACGAAGAAGAAAAUAUAGAUGAUGAUGACUAUGAUUCAGAUUUGGAUGAUAUAUCACAGGAUGAUAGCCUUUACAUAAUGAACGCAUUGGAUUUAAUUUCGCCAAAUACCACUAUUCUUCAUUCCAAAAAGAAUUUGGAUUGGUAUCUAUCGACUAGAGAAAUAUUUUCAAAACACUUACAAUCACAAAGUAGGCUGACUAGGUCAAAAUACAGUACCAUCAAGCUGAAUAAUUCCAGUGAGUCGACUUUUGAGGAGAAUGCUGAUGAUUUAUCAUGUGCCGUAUGCAAAGCAAAUCAAAGAAAUAUUAUUUUUUGGCCUUGCAAGUGCUUUGCAGUUUGUGAAGAUUGUAGAAUUUCAUUGAGUUUACGAAAUUAUAAUUCAUGUAUUUGUUGUAGACGUCCCGUCAAUGGCUAUACUAAACUACAAACAAAAUAA